AUGGACGAAAUCAUGCUGCCUCCUAGAAUGUUCGCUGCGGGAGAUGAACCGUUAGGUGAGCGAGUCAACUCUUAUCACAAAGUUAAGACAACCAGAGCGAUUCUCGCCGCACUCGAACCUGAGGAGUUGGAGUUUCUUCUAAACUCGACAUAUGGGAGGAUUCUUGCGAUUGAUGACAACCCGCCUUUUUCGGGAGCGUUUGCCCAAUAUAUCGUCGUACGGCUCCUCAAAGUCAACAAGAAGUACGAGUUUUGGGUUUUGUUUGCCGGAAAUCCUAUUAGAAUAUCCCUCAGAGAGUUUGCCAUAGUGACCGGCUUGAACUGUGCGAAGAUCCCGUUAAAGAAGACGAAGAAGAAAAAUUCGCUGAAAGAGAAGCUCUACUGGAACGAACUUUUUGGCUCGUUGAAAUACUGCACCGUCGAGACAGCUAUCGACAUGUUGAGGAACAAAGUCGUUAAAACACGAGAGGCUAGGAUAAAAAUCGCGUUUCUUUGUGUAACAUCGUCGAUCCUCUUUGCCUCCUCCCACACACCUCGCAUCAUCUCGGAGCACGUUGAGUUGAUACGAGAUCUGAAUGAGUUCCUCUCAUUCCCCUGGGGCAGAGCAUCGUACAAAACCCUCGCUUCAUCACUUCAUGGCAAAGAUGAAAUAGCUUUAUCUCAGACGUCUGUUGCGAUUCGUGGUUAUGUAGAGUCGAUUCAGCUUAUUAUGCUUGCUGCGAUCCCACACCUUAAGGAAAAGAUUACUCAUUCCGAACGUGUUGUUAUAGUUGAAUCUGACAGCGAUGGCGAGUCACAGCCUGGCGGAGAUACGGUUGCUGAGGAUGACAUUGCGGCGGACCAGGGGAAUACACCAUCGGCUACCAAGUAUUGCCUCAUUCCCGGUCAUGCUAAGAACAUAGAUUCCGAGUGUCAGGUGCCAGUCAGGUCUAUUCUCGAUGACCCGUACGAAGAAUGGUCCGCUGGCUUUGAUUUCUCAUGGGAUGAUGAGUCUGAGGAUCUUGCUGUUGACAACAUGGUCCGAUUGAUCCUUGAAGGCUUUGUUUUCAGGAAAGAUAUGUUUAAGGGUGGUCUUAACACCAUUGAUCUUCCACGAGUAAGGGGAGAAAAGAAAGUGAAGGAGAGAGAACCAAAAGGCGAGGGAUCCUCUGAUCUACAGGAUAUGAUUAGCUCAACAGAGAAGCGUAUUUAUCAAGCUUUGGAUGCCAAAUUUGAGAAACUUGCUUCUCCUUCUCAGCAAGUUCCUCUCUUCGAGGACUUGGAUAAGAAGAUCGCUGAUUCUAUCGCUCGGCAACUGAAGGAUUUGCAAGAUGCAAUAAUUAAGGGUGUAAUUGAUGCAACAGGCGCUCCCCUCUCCUCUCGCGAAGUCCUUCCUAAUACCAGCAAGGCCAUUCCCGUCAAAGGCAAAGAACCAUCCGGGUUACCUUUUACCACUCCAGCUGAAGCUGCUGAUUCUUCUAUUAACGACGUGCUGCGCGAUCUUAACGGUGGGUUGGAGGGUCAUCUUCAUGCAAACACAGAAGCAGGAACGGACUCACUUGAUGAACAAGCACCAGUACUUGAUGAUUCACAGCCCGAGCACCCCGGUGAGGCAGUUGUAGGUGGCUCUACUGUAGAAGAGGAUGAUGUGACAGAACAAGUCGAUAUGGAUGCAGAUGACUCCGCACCUAUGGAUCAGAUAGUGGAAGUUAACACCAACACAGAACAGCCCGAGAAGCGCGUAGAGCCCGGAGAGUCUGUUACAGGAGGACCGCUUGCACAUAUGGAUCAGCUAGUCAACGCUGACACCACACCAGAACAGCCCGAUCACCAUGGAGAGGCAGUUCAGGGUGAUUCUAAUUUAUUAGAGGCUGAUGUGCCAGAACAAGUGGAUAUGAACGUACAUGACUCUGCACCUAUGGAUCAGCAAGUCGACGUCAACACCAGCACGGAACAUCACAUCGGAGAGUCUGUUACAGGAGGACCUAGUGCAGAAGAGGAUUAUGUGGCAGAAGAAGUUUCUCAAGCGUCGGUGGUAAUGAACGAGGAGGAAGCACCGUGGCCAAGGAAACGGCUGUGGAGGAAGAGGAAGAAGAGUCUGUGGAGCAGCGUAGGAGCAAAAGGACUAAGGUCGCUCCGGUGUGUGGUGUUUGGCAAUGGUUAUUCAGUUGCUCCGUCCGAGUUCUGUGACAUUGCUCAUUGCAAGAACAUAUUACCUGCGGGCGUAGUGGAUGCCCUGAUCGGAGUUGUGUCUCGUGGUCCUGCUGCAAGUCCAAAAGUUGCUAUAUAUGACACCACUCUUCCAGCUUCGUUGAUGAGGCACCACUCUCGCUUUAUCAAGACAGCAGUCAAAGACCGUUCGAAGCUUAAAUUCACCAAUGUCCCUUUGGAAAAUCCCAUUCAAAAUGCGCCCGAAAGGAUUUAUUUUCCAUUUAACAUGGACAGGCAACACUGGGUUGGAGUCUGCAUCGAUACAAGAGCGAGCACUUUCCAUGUCUUGGAUUGCAACACAACCCUUAGAACCGACAGUUCGAUGAAGAAGGAGCUCAACCCAAUUGCCAACAUCAUCCCAUAUGUUCUCAAGCACCUCGGAUAUACAGAAGGAACCGUCGGGAUAAAGCCCUUCACAAUCUCUAGAUGCAGGGGAAUACCGUAA